AUGUUCUUUACACAGGGUCGAGAGAGCACGCUGUCUCUUCUGCAAUCUGCAGGCGCAAGUGAUUCGAUAAAAUGGGCGACGAAGGGAGUGUGCGCCGUUCAUGAGGCAAUCGGGGUUGGGAACGGAAACUCCGUGCAGUUCUUGCUCGAAAUCGGUUUGGAGGCCGUCGGCGGAUUACCGGUUAUCGCCGGAGCGAUGGCCGUCUCGGUGCGGGUUCCUGCCGUUCGGGUUCUUCUGUCGGCUGGGGCCGACACGGAAAAAUAUUAUUGUCAAGGCAGGCUUGCUAGAGACCAGAUCGGAUCUCCUCUGCCCGAUGACAAGAGGAACGGAAGCACGGAGGCGGCCAUUCGAACAACGUUGCUGAAGGGACCGGCGUUCCGUACUCGAUCAUGGACAUGGCCCGGCAUGACUGAUGCUCCUCCCGACGGAACCUGGAAAUAUCCUCCGUCAUCUUCAACUCCAGCGCUGGAGAAAAGAAUGCAUAUGGGGAGGUAG